UUCGUUUACGGCCAAGUAAAAUCUUUAACUCCAAUCUAGACUGUAGAUAGAAAAAAGAAAUCAAUUAGAAGUUUUUUAAGCUACAAAAUAAUUGUUAUGCCAGACAAAUAUUGCAAUUACAUUAGAUCAAAGUUAGGAUUUCACAAUAUUCAAAUAUACCGUAAUUCAAAAAAUACGGCCUCACAGGCAAACAGCUGUGUUUUUUGAAAUCAAAAGGAUAUUUACAUUUGGCCUUCGAUGUCUUGAAGAUGGGCGUGAAAUCAAUAGAAAUAUAGUUGCUCACGAUGUUCUUUAGGAUAGGAUUAAAUAGUUUAAUAUCUGUGGUGAUUAUUCUCCUGGUGGCUGUCUAUUGGUAUCGCCUUCCGGUUAAAAAUGCUGCCACAAAGAGGUCACCAAGGAGACCACCAAAUCCAGAGGAUCCACUGCCCCCAUCCAAUUCACCGCUGCACCAAUUCUCCCGGGCGGCCAUUUGUUCCGAUAGCGAUGUCUGCAGUGACAUGGCCCGGAAUGUCCUGGAAAAAGGAGGCAGCGCGGUGGAUGCCGCAUUGGCUGCUCUAAUUUGCAACGGUCUCAUUGGGAUGCAGAGCAUGGGAAUCGGUGGUGGCAUGGUUAUGAACAUCUACUUGGAAAAGGAGCGUACAUCCUAUAGCAUUUUGGCUAGGGAAAUAGCUCCAUUGAUAUUUAGGGCACAGAACUUCUCGUUCUUUCGCGAUGAACAGGAGCUUAAGAAAUCCGGUUGGUCAAUUGCCGUACCCGCAGAAUUAGCUGGAUAUGCGGUGGCCCAUCAGAGAUUCGGUCGACUGAAGUGGGAAGAUCUGGUGCUGCCCACUUUGGAGCUGUGCCGACGUGGUUACCGAUUGUACAAACACCAGUAUGAUGCCCUCAUCCUCAACGAGGAUAUGAUUAAAGCCGAUCCCGGCCUGCGUCGGAUGUUUAUUGAUCCCGAUUCUGGUCGCUUCUGGCCUUUGGGUCAUCUCAUUCGACCCUCGUCUAAGUUGUGCAAUACCUACGAUCGUUUGGCAAAGGAAGGACCACUCAGUUUCUAUAGAGGAUCAAUUGCUGAUGAUUUGCUUGCCGAUUUGAAGGAUGCUGGCAGUCCAAUAACUAGGGAAGACCUAAUUCAAGCCCAUGCCAAGAUGGUUAAGGCGGUAGUAAUCCCUCUGGAUGAGUAUGAUCUUCAUUUAACACCUCCACCGGGUAGUGGUCAUGUUUUGGGUUUCAUCAUGAACAUAUUGAGGGAGUUUCGAGGAGAUUUCUCAAGAAUUCGAACCAUGGGCCCCAGGGAGAUUCAUCUAAUAGUUGAGGCCAUGAAGUUUGGAUUUGUUAAGCGAUGGCAGUUGGAUGAAGCAGCAGACGAGGAGCUUUUGAUGAACCUGACUAGCCAGGAAUUAGCCAAAUCUAUAGCCCAGCAAAUUAAUACAUCACAGACCUCCAACAACACUGAGUUCUAUGGAGCUUCCUCUGGAAUUCAGAUUCGGGAUGAGCAUGGCACUGCACACACUUCAGUACUCCAUGGAAACGAUGCCGUUUCGGUUACCAGCUCUAUUAACUUCUACUUCGGUAGUGGACGAACUGGGAGACGCACCGGUGUUAUCUUCAAUAAUGCCAUGUCGGACUUUUCCAUUGAGCAGCUGAAGAACUACUUUGAUCUGCCCUUUGUCCCUGGUACAAAUGGUGUAGCUCCAGCUGCCCGUCCCAUGUCCUCGAUGAGUCCAGUGAUAGUCACAGAACGAUCUUCCGGGAAAGUUCGUUUGGUUGUGGGUGCCGCUGGCGGUACCAAAAUAAUCUCUUCCCUUGCUCCACUUCUUGUACGGAUCCUUUGGCAAAGGGCAAAUAUCAAAACAGCCAUUGAUGCCAAUCGCAUCCAUCAUCAAAUGUUGCCCAAUGUCCUGCUCUAUGAAUAUGGAUUACUUCAGAGUUAUGUAAAGAGCUUGGAGGACAAGGGACAUCGGUGCGAGCGAUAUGAAAACCGUGGAUCUGUAAUCUGCGGAAUCACCCAACAUAAUGACACCAUCUGGGCAAACACGGAUUUCCGGAAACCAGGAGGAGUUAGUGGCUUUUAAAAGGCUGAU